AGGGGCCCAAAGACGUGGGUAAAGGGAAAAUGGGUUCGAUUAACCCGAGAAGAGGAAGCGAUAGGUCUUCUUCCACCAGGGCUGCCUCGCCAACUCGGCCCUAUACUCUCUCAUCUGCUCAACGGUAUACCAACACUUUCUACCGGUAUCCAAAUCAAUCUCGUGUGCCCUCUGCGGGGUAGUCCUCUUCCAAAUGAACCCGACCACGUAGCACGCAAUGACGACGGGCAAGGCCAAAUAGACUUGGAAAAAGUUGUUGGCGACUUCGCGCGGGUUGUCAGACAUGCCGCCGACGGAGGGCGCGGAAGGGGAGCUCUUCGACCGAGUGGCCUUGGACGCGCCAUGCCUUGCGGAAGCGAAUACUGGAAAGAGUUAGAGAGGGUCGUUAUAGUAAGGGAAGGAGACGUACUGGCACAACAUGAUGGAGCCCCAGGUGAAGAGGGUGGAGAGGCCAGAAAGGGCGAGGAGCCAUGCGAACACGGUCUCGGAAGCGGCGGUCAAGUUGACGUACGCUACAAGUCGUCAAUACUAAUUCAAGUAUUAAAAAGAGAAUGCUCACCUAAUGGCGAAAAUCUUGGGUGCGUAUCCCGUCUCGGCAAGGGCGGAGAGCGUCCUCGAGCCACCAUACACACAACUCAAUCCAAUACUGAGUACCGAGAUGCAAAUAGUGACGUUGAUGAGAUGGUUGAUGCCCUUGAUACCCGCACGGUCAAGGACACGGACGAACGGCGACGCCUGAGCGGUUCCACCACCGAAGAGGAGGUCGGGGUCGUUAUAGGGAAUGAGCAAGCCGAUGAACAAGAGGGAAAGAAUAACGUGUUCUUGAUCGCGGAUGGCAUGGUCUUGCGUGGAUUCGGGGUUUCGGACGCGGCGAGUCCAACGAGUUCGGUACCGGCGAACGAGAACGCGGCAGUAACGAAUACGGCGCAAACACCCUUGAACCCAUUGGCGAAUGCUCCAGGGUCGUGCCAGUACCUCCCUCCUACAUACUCGGAGUACUCUCCGUUGGCAGGGCCGCCACCGCACACGCACACGAGGGCGAUGAAGCAAAACAUGAUGACGACGAAUAGUUUGAGGCAGGACGACCAGAAUUCUUCUUCGGCGUAUCCGAGGGUACCGAAUACGUUGAUGAGGACGAUGGCGAGGAAAAAGAUGGUGAUCCAGGCGGCGAGCGGUACGUUGUUGGGCCAGUACGAGACCGUGAUACCUGCUGCCGUGAUUUCGAGGGGCGGGAUCGAGCAUUCGGACGGCGAGGGCGUAGAAUCCACCAGAAAGAGGGUACAAGAUGGCCAUUUCACCGAUUGCUUGGCACGUCAUGAGGACCAUGAAGCCAAUGAUGAGCCAGUCGAUGAUGACGGCGGCAGGACCUCCGACAGCGAGCGCGCCUCCUGA